AGACACCUAAAAAUAAAUAAAAAUGAAAAAAAUUAGAUAAUAUGAUAUUAAAGUGGAAUCAAAACGAUUUAAAUGUAAUAAUAAAAAAUUGUUAGUGCAGAUUUGGUGAUCGAUUUUUCGGUUUGAACGCUUUUAAGGUUUGAUUCGUGGUUAUUAAGAUCACGAUGGUACACACGCAAUAUUUGCACGUUGGGCAAAACGCCAGGAAUCGCCUUUUUGGAAUCGACCCCCAUGGCACCAACAUUCAAACCAGACUACAACUUUUAAUAUCCCAACCAAGCAAGACAUCAAGCAGUAAAAUAGCGGUUAUUAUAUUUGGGUUGGCGACCCUUAUCAUAGGAAUAGUACUUUCAUCGAUCCCAUGGUUAGAUUACAUCAUUUUAAAGCAUUUAAGGUUAUGGAAUGGUUCCCUAAGUUACCAUUACUGGCAAAAACCGGGAGUUUUACGUCUAACCAAAGUCUACAUAUUCAAUAUGACCAACCCCGAGGAAUUUUUGAAUCUGGGGGAAAAACCAAAGUUGCAAGAAGUGGGCCCUUUCGUUUACAGAGAAGAUAUGGAAAAAGUGAACGUAAAAUUCCAUGAUAACGGAACCGUAACGUUCCAACACAACAAAAUCUUAAAAUUCGUCCCAGAAAUGUCAAAACCAAAGGAUUUAAAAUUAACCGUCCCAAACAUCCCACUUUUAUCUUUAUCAACGAUGUCGAAUUCGCUUGGAUUUUUCUUACAAAAAACGAUUUCCGUCGCGUUAUCUUUCGGUCGAUACAAACCGUUCAUUAAUUUAACAGCGGAAGAAUUGGUUUUUGGGUACGAUGACACCUUGGUGACUUUGGCGCACGAAUUUUAUCCGAAACAUAAAAAACCCAACGGAAAAAUGGGGUUACUUCUGGGAAGGAACGGAACUUUGAACGAAAUCUCGACGAUUUUUACCGGAGAAACGUCAAUGGAAGAAUUCGGCUAUAUAGAUAACGUGAAUGGUUUGAGAACGUUGCCGUAUUGGAAAGACGCGCCUUGUAAUAAUAUUCGGGCGAGCGAAGGUUCGUUUUUUCCCCCGAGAUAUUUCAGCAAGGACAAAGAACAAAUUUAUUACCUGUACGAUAAAGAUGUAUGCAGAUUAAUACCAUUGCAAUACAGGAAAACGGAAGCUAAAAGUGGAAUUACAGUGGAUUUGUACACCCCGGCUGAUAAUAUGUACGAAUCUGUUGAGAAUUACCCGGAAAAUAAAUGUUUUUGCCCCGGAAAUGAAUAUUGUCCGCCUUCCGGGUUGCAAAGUAUCAUUCCUUGUCAUCACGACGCUCCUAUUUACGCUUCAUUUCCACAUUUCUACAAAGGAGACCCACAUCUUUUAGACCAAAUCCAAGGAUUAUCUCCUAGCGAAAAAGACCAUGGAUCUUACAUCAAAAUUCAACCGAAAUUAGGAGUUCCUUUGGAAGCUUUAAUCCGCCUUCAAGUCAACUUAAAAGUGGAAAGAGCUCCCAACGUUGCGGUAGUUUCAAAAUUUCCAAGCAUAAUUCUUCCAUUGAUGUGGAUUGAAGAGGGCGUAACCGAUUUAACCCCAACAAUAAAAAGAUGGAUUUAUUUAGCAACAACUUUCGCUGACGUCAUGAAUCCUUUAGCCACAUAUGGAAGUAUUUUGGUCGGGACGUGUAUUUUAGUGGGGGUCUUUAUUAAUGCAUACAAAUCGAUCAUGUUUACUAGGGAUACGAUAGAAAUGAGCAUGAGGACUUUACGAAGAGGAAGCAACUUAAUUCAAUCGAAUAAUAAUCGGUUAUUGAUCAUCAGGGAUAGUUAUACUUUAUUAAACGAUGUCCCAGAAACCCCCGAUGCAUUAGAUUCACCAGAAACAUUUAUUUGACAUCAACUUUAUAGAAUCAUUUUGCCGAUACAAUGUGAUAUAUUGUAUAAUUUUAAGUAUCAUUUAUGUCAUUCAUUUAAUAUGUAGGUACUUAAUUCUUAGAUUUACAUUCUAGUCACUUGGUGACGUUGGAAAGAUUUUUUUUUUUCAAAAAAAAAAUAUUAAGAAAGGAGGAAAAGUUUUUUUUUGACGAAUAUUGCUCAUUGUUAGAUGAUAAGGUUGUUUUUUUUUACUGGACUUUUUAUAAUAAAGCGAUUUUAAUUAAA